CCCCGAGGUUGCGACUAACCAAACCGCGUGAAAUCGUUGUCGGAGUUGACGUAAGACACGCAAGAGGAAGAUUCCUUUUCGUUGCGGCGGAAACAACAAAGAGAAAAAUUGGAGUCCAUUCGGGUUUACUUUCUAAUUUGAAUUAACGCAACUUGCACUCGUACCAAAAUGCCGCGAGGAAAAUUCGUGAAUCACAAGGGCAGAAGUCGACACUUCACGAAUCCGGAAGAAUUGGAAGAACAACGUCUUCAAGAGGAAAAGAAGCAACAGUGGAGAAAGAACAAAGGACAAAUCAGUUCCAGUGAGGAGGAAGAAGAUGACGAAGAACCCAAAUCGAGUAAAUCUAAAAAGUUAAAUUUAAACGACACAGACAGUGAUGAAAGCGAGUCAGACGAGGAUUCGGAAACUGAGGGAGGAAAAGCAAAAGGUGUAGAAAAUCUAAUCCAAGUAGAAAAUCCAAACAGGGUACAAAAAAAAGCUAAGAAACUUUCUCAGUUGAAUCAAUCGUUAGAUUCCUCAAAACCGGAAUUAUCUAGAAGAGAACGGGAACAAUUGGAAAAACAAAGAGCUUACGCGAACUACCAGAAGUUGCAUGCCGCUGGUAAAACGGAUGAGGCUCGAGCGGAUUUAGCGCGUUUAGCCAUAAUAAAGCAGCAACGGGAGGAAGCGGCGAAGCGCCGAGAAGAGGAAAAGAAACAAAAAGAAUUAGCACAGCAGAAGAAGACCGAAUUGACACAGAAAGCAUUAGGAAAAAAGUCUUAGAGUGUGUUUUGAUGGUUAUUUACAGAACUAAACAAGCACCGCAAUAUUAAUAUUUUAACGUCUACUCCAAUUUUCAAUUGUCAAACAAAAAACAACUUUGGCAUACAACGUAUGUUUGCUAUAUUGCAUUUUAUGAUGUGUUAAUAUAACAUUGUUUAUAUAAUUAUAUUAAAUCCAAUUUAGUAAUUAUUACUAAAUUAAUUAUUUAA